AUGUAUACCGAAAGAUCUUCGCUCUCAGCUGCAGUUGUGAUGGAAAAAGAAGGGGUGACGCCGAGCCAGUGUUACGCAAUUCCCCCUGAACGGGAAGACGCCAUGACGCUCGUGACUCAGAUGUUCUGGCGGUGGACAAUCGCCUUUCUCGCCCUAAUAUACGUUGUUGCAACUCAAGCGAAUGCUUCACGGCCAGCCACAGUGAGGAAACAAUCGAAUGACGCAGACGGAGAAGGAGAGGUUGACACUGGUGUCGCAGGUCGCCAGACAUCAAUGCCUACCACUCACAUCGGGGGCCUCGCUGGACGUGGACAUCGGGGAAAACAAACUAGAAAACAGUACAUUCAUCUAGACGCGUUGAAUGAGGAUGUGGAACCGGAAAUCAAGGAACCGUCACUGCGGCCCCUCUCCCAGAAAGCGACUCGAAGAGCCAAAUGGUCGAGACUUCUUUUGGAGUUGCUUCCCGCAGCUGUUUUCGUUAGCCUUCUGAUAACCAUGAUGUCCCGGGCACGACCAGUGACCAGGGUACACGAGACGGUAACUAAUUUUCUCUAUCGUCAAGGCGUCGAUGUUUCCAGGCAACUACAGGAGUUAAGGGAUGAACGACAGCGUGAGAUAGAGGCAGAAUUCGUCGAUAUUCCCCCAGACUUGGAAUAGCGGUGAGAGGGCUAUACACUUGGAAGCGACACCCAACUGUGUGACCGGAUGUGGGCGGCUUGAACUAAAUGCUUCGAGUCUGCUCACUUAAUUGAUGCACACAGGCGAGCUCACGGGAUUCGAUGUGCGGGAGGAAAUUUGCCCAUGCCAAUCAUACACAGGCCCCGAAGAAGAAGGCAUAGGGACCCGUGAUGUAUUUAUCACUCGACAGUGUUCGAGAAAAUAAGCUCUUUUGAGAAGCGAUUUUGUCGGCCGGAUUCGUUGAUUUUGUCGGGUAGUCAUCACCUGUUCUGGUGACAGUCCGAACAGGGGGUGUUACCACUGCAGGUCAGUGGCAGACUCCUACACAGUUGCCAUCUUCUUUGGUCCAGAGGUAGUUUUGUGCUAUGAAGAUUGGUUGGGCGUGACGCUGGAAUGUUUACAUCGGUACGUGCUGCAGCGCCUAUGUGCUUCGGUUGCGGCGUGCAUUGCGUAGGGCGAAUUUUGCGUUGAUUCACUUCGUUCAAUCUGGCUGGCUCUGCUACCAUGGGCAAUGCAAUAUGCGAUAAUAACGGUGCAUGCCUGCAUACGGGAUUGACGGUCGGUUGUGGCGUGCUGCUGUUAGUUUCCUGGACAUCAUUUAACGCCCCAUCAGUCAAUCACAUAUUUGCACCUCGA